AUGGCUGGAAGAAACCCAAAAUAUAAUACAUGGAGUCACCGCGGACGAAGAGACACAUUUGAAACAAAUUUUCAUAUCGGAGAAGAUGACCAAACAUCAAACAGCUCAACACAUAAUUCUCUUGACGAAGCCUCAACCCUAAAUCCAAGAUACAGAAACAACUCACGAUCUGACAGCUUGACUGAAAAUAGUGAAGACGGUGACGGUGAAACGCCAGAGGACGAAGGCAAUUUAGAAGAUAUCACUUUGAAGACAGAAAAUGAUAUUGAGAUUACAAAUGAGAUUAAUGAGACCGUUGUCACAGAUAAUAGUAUUGAGGGCAUAUCAGUUUCAGACAUAUUGGUAAACCUAAAAUCAGAUGGAGGUGAUAAAGUAUUUGAAAUUGUUGUGGGUGGGGCGCGCUCGGUUUCAUCAUCACCUAAUCCCGUUGAAACAAAUAAAGUCGUGUUAAGAGACAAACGUGGACAUAAAUUACACUUGACAAGGCCAGAGUCCAAUUUUACGCCGACAUUGAACAAGACUAAAAAGAAAGUAAAACGGUUCCGGUCGACAGGAGGUAGUAUAUAUCAAAAAGACAGAGAGAAAGAUGUAUUUCUUUUGUAUUUCUCAGACGGAAAGGCAACCGCCAUGGAUUUAUCCUUCGCUUUUAAAAGACAUAGUAUAGAAUGGUGCGAAUAUGAAAAGGAUUUUAACCCCUCUCAUAGUAUUUUGUAUGACCUAUCUGUGUUUUUAUUUACAUGUAAGAGAAUAGUUGCUGUAUUAUCUCCAGGUUUUUAUCAGAGUAAUCUGUUUAUGUAUUUCCUUCAGACUACAGUUAAAUACUGCGUAGAUCAUGGGAAAAAUGCUCUUAUUCCAAUACUCGUAGAUACAACACCGUCGGACAUACCCCUAUGGUUAAAUAGUUUUCGAUAUUUCCAAUGUGUCCAUCCAAAUUGGACUGAAGAUGUGUGUGAAGUAUUGGCAGAAAAAGUUCAACCACUCAAAUGUAAAGACCAUGUUUGGAAUGAACAUUUUAAUACAAUAAGCUCUACUACAUCAGAACCACUUAAUCCGAAAAAAAAACUGUCCAAAAGAACGGAAAGAGAAAUGAAGAUUUGGCUGCAGACAAAGUUCGGCAGCCUUCCUCAAGAAUUUCAAAAUGAACGAUCUAAUGCUGGUGAAAACGAAGAAAUUGAAAAAACGGAGAACGUGAGUGCAAAGAGAGGAGUAAACAGUGAAAUAAUGUUCGCUAAUCAACUACGACAAGAAAAUAAAAAAGUUUAUGACAGUGCAGACACAUUUAUUGAAGAGGGUUUUGAUGUAGCUGUCGGAGAUAUCUUAGAAAUUUGUGAAACUUGUGAGGACGGGAAAUAUGUUAGAGUUAGAAACAGUAGGGGACAAACAACAAGUAUGCCAAAGCAAAAUGUGUUACCCAACGUAUUUUUACUUCCAAAAGCAGCUGUUGAAAUGUUACAAUUCCCAGCAUUGAAAGCAGAAAACGAUGCAUUCGAAAGAGAGUUGCGUUCGAUUGGUAUGAAGGUCUUUACGACAGUUCAUUCGGCGCCUUUAAAUUCCCGAUAUAAAUUCCAAAAAAAUGAUAUUUUUGCAAAAAUAUAUGUGAAAGGAAAAUAUGCGAAUGUAAAAAAUUGUCGAAAUGAAAUCUUAUUCGUGGAAAAUCGAUUUCUCAAAGAAAAAGAUUUCAAACAGAAUUAAACCUAGGAAAUUAGGUUGUUGCAAAUAAAAGUUUUGUCAGGAAACCUCUUUUGAAGAUAAUUUACAUUUUGGUUAUAAUAUCGUUAUGCUUUCAGAGAUCAUCUUUUGUCAGCAUUAGAAUAAUAUUAUAUUUAUUUGCAAUCUAUCACGAUUUAUAGUCUUUAUACACUAUCACCGUACUAUUCAAAUCAUACAAAAAUGCACUUAUUAGCUCCCAAAGUUUCUUACAGUGUAUGUAGUUCAUUUAUGACUAAAAUAUCUUGAAAAAAUUCAUAUUACCUUGUA